AUGGACCCCUUCUCGCUUACCGCAGGCGCUCUCCAGAUAGCUGCUGCCUGUGUUUCAUGCACCAGUACCGUGAUAAAGAUAUACGGGGAUAUCAAUUCCGUCGACGCUCGAAUCAGGUCCUUCUGCGAUGAAGUAGCGGCUUUGCGAGCCACUUACGAGAGCCUGGAGAAGAGCCUGUCUUCACCUCCGCUAGCUGAGGCGGUGCGGGUGGCCAAUCAGACCGAUGACGGCGCCCAUUUGUGGCGACAGAUCAAAGAUGCGCUCGAUGAUUCCAAGAAUACCAUGAAGCGAGUCAAUGACAUUCUCACUCAGAUUGCAAAAACAUCUGGAUUCGCACGGAAGGUGAAAGCUCACUUACAAGAAAAUCUCCACAACGGCGAACUGUCUCGACUCCGCCAGCGCAUCCAAUUCUUCAACUCGGCCUUGUCGCUGCCUAUCCAGAUGGUCUGCGUCAUGCUCCAGCUUGAACAAAGAGGAAUAACAACCGAGCAUCAGACAUCUCUGGAUGCCAAACUGAUCGCACUAGAGCGAACCAUGAGGGCGCUCGUUCAAAGUCUCAAUUCGCCCUCCCCUUCGCAGACUCUGGGUGGCUCGACGAUCGCUGCUACAGAGAAAUUGCGGUUGGACCAAGAUGAUGGAAUGAAGACUUAUAUUGCCUUUGCCAAACAAUUUCUGAGUACCGCUUCCGCUGCUGCCAGCACGAGGUCGUCGUUGAGUACCAUCUCGCCAGCCAUCGAGCCUGAUGCCCUUCGUGAUAUGCCCAAGACCUCGGCCAACGGAGUGCCGCUCCCAGCAGAUCGCAGAAACCGCGUGGAAGGCUGGAUUCAACCUCCUUCCACCUCUGUUCUACAGUCAGGCGGGUUCGCUCGACAGCCUUCUAGAUCGGCCAGAGAUCAUACAGACGCUCAUUCCGAGGUGGAGUUCCUGCGAACUCAAAACCACCUGAAAUUGGGCCAGGAGAGCUUUGAAGACGGCGACUAUGCCAAGGCAGAGCGGCAUUUCCGAAAGGCUUUAGCUCUGAUGGCGCGUCAUGACUUUGAGGGCAGGAUAUCCUUUCAGCCAGCGGAAGUAGUUCUUAUGCUGGCGGACUGCUGCCGGCAGCAAGAGAAGCUUGAUGACGCAGUCAAGCUGCUGGAACCGGUUGCGGCCAUGCGCACUGACAUAUUCCCAAGCAGCUCGAAGGACCAGAAUAGCCCUGAGGAGCCGCAGCCAGUUUCGCAUCAAGUUCCUGACAAACUGCAAGCAUUAGCAGCGAGCCACAUGCUGGGACGUGUAUACAUCCUCAAGAGCGAUUUCGACGCGGCGGAGGAACAUGGACUAAGGGCGUUCACGGAGCGUAGGAAAGAACUCGGGCCGCAGGACGAGAAGACAUUGGAAUCUGUGCAGUUGGUCAUCGAUGUCUACAGAACACGCGGUGACGACGGUGAUGAAGAGGAAGCCGAAGGGUACGAGGUGUUUCUCUCUCCUCCCGAGAAGGCGACACCUACAGUUUCCACUGAGAAGCUCUUGAACAAGGUCGGAAAACCUCAGCUCAGCCCGGCCCUGGUUUCACCAGAAUCACCUCCAGCUGCGGAGGCGCAAAACAGUCACCGACCGAAACUCGUGAACCGGCUACUGCAUCGUGGUCGCCCCUCUCAGUCGGGUUCAGCUUCAAUUCUGCCGUCGCCGGAAUUGCUUAGGCUGUCCAUUUCCAGGUCAGUAGCACUGAAUGAUGCGCUGGAUCCUGACCCUGCUGGUCCAUUUGGGAUUCGGGGCAUUAGUUCGCCCUCAGAAACGUCGACCCACGACCGCUCUCUGUCCAUCAAUGAUGAUAGCUCAAUAACGACCCCUGGAAGCGCGCAGCUCGAACGAUCUUCAUCGAGCAAAACCCUUGAGCCCACUUAUCAAGCCAUAGCAGACCUCUGUCAGGAAAGAAGACUUGAUAAAGCGGCUAAGGUCGCCUUGCAGUAUCUAAAUACCUACCAGUCCAACUAUAUGGUCAUCCGAAAGCCAGAGCUCAGGGACAAUAUCCGCCACGGAACCGGGCAUGGUCUCGCCAGGACCGGGCGAGGAUACGCGCCUCUACAUUUCUUUUGUGAACUCAAGGAGGAGCACGCGGAGGAGGUGAACCUACUGAUCAAACAUGGUGCGGAUGUCAAUGCCAUUGCUUUUCAAGCGGGCUAUACCCAGUCAAGUCCCAAAGAUCCCUUCACCGCCUUGCAGCAGGCUACUGAGAGGGGUUUUUCCACCAUCACAGGUCUAUUACUAGCGGUGAGUGGCAUCAAAACCGACGUUCGAGACCCAGAAGGAUACACACCGUUGAUGGUGGCCUGCAGAAAGGGCCAUCACAAUAUCGUCAAGCAGCUGCUGGAAUUCCCACUGCCGACCGAGUUCCCAGCGACCUGGCAUGGCAACACACUCCUCCACGACGCUGCGAGACGCUGUGACCCAGUGCUAGUGGAAAUGCUUUUGGAGCAUACCGCUAACAUCGACGAACGAGAUCGGUUCAGCAAGACGGCGCUGAUGCACGCCGUGCUCAAGGCCGACAUAGCAGAUCCGUCUCAGAAAAGGAGACGGAUCAGGGGCCGGUGCAAAACAGUGCGAGCUCUGCUCGAAGCAGGGGCCGACCCUACGCUCAAGGACCACCGGAUAAACAAGACGGUGCGAGACUAUGCUAUGGAAGAAGACGAUGCCGAGUUGUUGAUGCUCCUGGGCCAGGUGCCGAGGACAGGCAUCAGCGAGCUAGUGGCAUGA